UUUGUUUUCUCGCCUGCGGCAGGAUUGGAGACGGUGACGGCUCACUGGAGGCUAUUUGCAAGCGGGGUCCAGGGCUUUCGGGCUGGGGUGACCUUUCAGAGCAGUCGGAUAAAGCGAGGGUGAAUUAGAAACAACUUUGGCGGCUGCUUUGUGUCGUUCUGCUCCCAUUUACGCGCCGUGCACGCGGACUGUCAUUCAGAAAUACUACAGAAACUCUUGGAGCGCUCACGUGUUUCCACCAAGCCCGUUUAUUGUACACCUUUUCUCCUUUUACUUUAUUAUUCUACAAAUUGCUUCCAUAUUUUGGGGUUUGUUUGGUUCUUUUUGAACGUGCUUUGGUGCGUAAACAAGUGCUUUGUUUUUGUGCGUAAAAUCUCCGAAGUGGAGGAUUGUUUUUUGGAAUAACGGGAUGGUUUAGUAAGCAGGUUUCACAUUAAGGACUUUUCCAUAUUACUGGGACGUGUUUGAUCAUAUAAACUCAGUUUUUCUCCGUGUUGGAUGAAAAUGGAUCUCCUCUGGACUGUUUUGGUGCUGAAGAUGUUGCUGACGCUCGCAUCUGCCAGAGGCCCCCCCCGGGUGUCGGAGAGGGUAAACCACCGUCAGAGUGCCCGCCUUGGUCGCACUGUGAAGCUGCCCUGCCCUGUUGAAAGCGACCCCCCUCCACUCAUCAUGUGGACCAAAGACGGCCGUAACAUCCACAGCGGCUGGACUCGAUUCAAGGUGCUACAGGUGGCUCUGCGAAUUAAAGAGGUGGAGACGGAUGAUGCAGGCACCUACAUCUGCAAAGCCACAAAUGGCUUUGGCAGCGUGAACGUGAACUACACACUGAUCGUGAUAGAUGACUCUGGUUCUCGAAAUGGAGCCGGCCCGGUUCCCGCUGAGGGCGAGGACACCCCCGAGCUGGCCGGGAAGCUGGUUCGUCCACGUUUCACCGAGCCAGCAAAGAUGAGGAAGCGCGUGAUCGCGCGCCCCGAGGGCAGCUCUGUGCGGCUGAAGUGCACGGCGAGCGGUAACCCUCGCCCAGACAUCGUCUGGCUGAAGGACAGCAGGCCCCUGGUGGAUGAGGACAGUGGAGCGGGAGGCGAGGGGAGGAAGAAGAGGUGGACUCUGAUCCUGAAGAACCUGAUGCCCGAGCACAGCGGGAAGUACACCUGCCAUGUGUCCAACAGAGCCGGGGAGAUCAACGCCACCUACAAGGUGGAAGUCAUCCAGCGUACCAACUCCAAACCCAUCCUGACUGGCACUCACCCCGUCAACACAACCGUGGACUAUGGAGGAAGCACGUCCUUUCAGUGUAAAGUCCGUAGUGACGUCAAGCCAGUGAUCCAGUGGCUUAAAAGAGUGGACCCCGGUGACGAGAACAAAUUUAACUCCACCAUAGAGGUCGGAGAUGAUCGUUUCGUAGUGUUACCGGCAGGAGAAGUUUGGUCCAGACCCGACGGGUCCUACCUCAACAAGCUGCUGAUAACCAGAGCCAAGGAGGACGAUGCUGGCAUGUACAUCUGUCUGGGGGCCAACACGAUGGGCUACAACUUCAGGAGUGCUUUCCUUACAGUUCUGCCAGAUCGGAAGACGUUGCCCGACUUUAUCCCUACCGCACCGUCACCAGGCCUUCCCUGGCCCGUCAUCAUCGGAAUCCCAGCGGGAGUGGCCUUCAUCCUCUGCACUGCCCUCCUGUGGUUCUGUCGAUCAAAGCGCAGCUGCUCCUCCUCCUCCUCGUCUUCGUCCGCCCUGCCUGCCGCCCAGCGUCUUCCCGGGGCUAGCCGUGACCGAGCCUGCCCCGCCCUCCCUCCUCCGUCAGCCAACGGGGACAAGGACUGCCAUUCAUACGAGGACUACAUUACCCACCAGCAGCUGCUCCUAGCUCAGGGAGGCACCGGACUGGCUACUAAGGUCUACCCGAAGAUCUACACGGACAUCCACACGCACACACAUUCACACGUGGAUGGGAAAGUGCACCAGCAUCAGCACAUUCACUACCAGUGUUAGCGACGAGGUGAGCAGGCUUUGGAGAAUCACAUCUAACUCUUUCAUGGACACGUUCCUUCAGGGCAGCCUUCAUCCCUAAAGCUGAUGUACAGAGGAGAGACCCUCCAAACCUCUGCAAACUCGUGAAGACGGACAUUGCUCGCAUGUGCUGCAACCUGCAAAUAGACUCAUUCCAGGUACGAGUUAAAAAGAAUGUCAAGAGAGAUCUGGAAGGCAGUGCAGUAGGAUAUAUGAGAGGAAAAUCUCAGAAUAGUUUCAACUUUUAUUACAUACAUAAAAAAGAACAUCUGUCUCCAACCUCCCCUUCAGACUCCAGUGCAGCACGCUCAAAAUACAAGUUCUCUGCUAGAGUCACUGUAUGAACUGAAACUACAACAAGCCAUUCAAUGUGUUAUUAUAUUCAGCUUCACUUAGAAGAACGGUUGCUUCUCUGUUUUGUUGGAGGUUCACUUCAGAGUUCAUCUCAGGCAUCAGCUCAACUGAGCCGUAACACAAAGCCAUCUCUGCUGCUGUUUGCUCUAAGCAGCUGUCUGCUUUCUGGGUGCGAUAUCGCCGAAGACGACCUCAGUGUCAGAUGUGGGAUAUGUCCGAAUUCUCUCCCUUCUCCUUACUAAAAAACAAAAUAUCAUGGGACUAUCCUAGUUCCCUGGAUUUUAAUUCAUUUUAAUUAAGCAAUUCAGACGCCAUGCCCAGUACUUUGAUGUCACCUAUUUCUCAAAGUAGAAUUCUAAUAAAUAUUAACAUUUCACAAAGAUUAUUGGUUCUGAAAAUAAAGAAUUAGAUAAUUUAUAU